ACAGACAGAAGAAGCAGCCUAUGUGCGUGUAUGUACGUUUGUGUGUGUGCGUUUUUACCUCAUGGGUGUGAACUGAGAGACGCACACGUGAAGGAAGAAGGAAGGAAGGAAGGAAGGAAGAAAGGAAGGAAAGAAGGAAGAAAUUGAUAAAUAAAAGUGAAAAAAAGAAAAAAAUGGAACUGUGAACCAUAGAAACACACACACACACACACACACACACACACACACACACACACACACACACACUCACACACUUACACACUUCAAUAGCCAUGGAGGACUUGCGCAAAAAGAAGAAGAAGAAGAAGAAGACAUUGGAAAAGACAGUUGAAUUUAUGUGUACGUAUAGCUCUCUAGUGUAGUGUGUGUACCUUAGUGGACGUACACACGCGUACACACACCCCUCAUGUACACCUCUUCCACCUCCUCCACCUCCUCCACCAAAGAAAAUGCAGAAAUCCACCAAAAACUCCACUUUGAAAAUAAAAAAAUCGCUCCUCUGAAAUUUGAGUAGUACCCCCUCAAUGUGCGUGUGUACGUGCGUGUGUAGGUGAAGGUGGGGCGCACACACACACACGCCUCCACUCCCUGCGCCCCCUCCACGCCCUCCACUCGCGCCGUGCACACCGGUGGAGGGAAAACUCGCCAAGUGGAAGGUGGAGGAGUUAGAAAAAAUAUCGGAAGUGGGGGAGAACUCAAGUAAAAAGUGUGUGUUUGGUAAGGUGGAGUUGUGAGCCCGCCACGCCUCGCCACCGCGUUCCACCACUUCCACACCGCCUCCACCACCUCCACCACCUCCGCCAUGAGGGUCUACGCAGAGGGGAGACAGGGCAGGUGGCUUAUUCUCCCCUUUCUUCUCAUUCUCUCCCCUCUCAGUGUGAUGGGGAGGAAGAAAAUUGAUGUUUUUGUUGCCGGAUUCUUCCCCGUGGGUGAGGGCCCUAAGCACUCCCUAGGGCGCGGGGUGAUGCCAGCCCUCAACCUUGCAGUGAAGCACGUGAACGACCACCCCACUGUGCUCAGGAACUACAAGCUGCACGUCAUCUGGAACGAUACACAGUGUGACACCGCCGUGGGAACCAAGUUGUUUUUUGAUAUGAUGUACAACAAACCUGCCAAGUUGAUGCUGUUUGGCGCGGCGUGCACCCACGUUACUAACCCUAUAGCGAAGGCGGCGAAACACUGGCAUAUCGUACAGCUCUCGUAUGCGGACACACACCCGAUGUUCAACGCCAUUAAGUACCCAAACUUCUUCCGGAUGGUUCCUUCAGAUAGAGAGUUUAACCAUCCACGUGUUCACCUCCUUCAGCGUUAUAACUGGACCCGAGUCGGUACCCUAUUCCAGAAUGAACCGCGCCAUGCUCUGGCCCACAACCAUCUGGCAUCAAUGUUGGAAGAAAAUUCGUACCAAAUUGAGGUGACCCAGAAUAUAGCUGACGAGUUGAAGGACCAGCUCAAGAGAUUGCAUGAAAAGGAUGUCCGUGUUAUUCUUGGCUACUUUGACGAACACUGGGCGAGAAGAAUAUUUUGUGAGGCGUAUAGGAAAGGAAUGUACGGUAAAAACUAUCAGUGGAUUAUUACAGGGAUGUACCGGGAGGAGUGGUGGGCGUUACGAGGCACAGGGGAGGAAGAUGAAGAUGCCAAGCCCAUUGUGUUUGAAGAUGAACCGCGAGAGAGUGGCGGGGGAGGCUGCGCUGUAGAGGACAUCAUGACAGCUCUAGAGGGAUGCAUCAUGACGGACCUCCUCCCGCUGUCCUCCUCGCUAGAACGCACCGUGUCUGGCAAGAACAUAUCUGAAUACGAGCGAGAAUACGAUAGCAUGCGUCGUUCUGAAUAUUCUCGCUUCCACGGAUAUACUUACGAUGGUGUGUGGGCAAUGGCGCUGGCAAUACAAGCUGUGGGACACCAACUUCACCGCAUCAACCACCAGAACAGGACCAACCUCACCGUACAGGACUUUACGUAUCGCAACCCGAAGUGGGAGGAGCUGUUUACCAAAGCACUAUCCGAAGUUAAAUUUGAAGGAGUCACGGGGCCGGUGCAGUUCAGCAGUGACAACACACGCGAUGGUUACAUCCUCCUGAAACAGUUCCAGGGAGGCCGCGAGGUGAAGAUUGGUGAAUUUGAUGGCUUCAGGAACGUGCUACAAAUGGACAAGGGUCACCCUAUAUACUGGCCAGGUGGUGACCCCCCUCUGGAUAGAACAGUGAAGCUCAUCGAAAAGACCAGUGUUAAUAUCACUAUCUAUGCUAUCCUGGUCACUAUCGCCUCCCUGGGUAUUGUCAUGGCUUCGAUCUUCCUUGCCAUCAACAUCAAGUACAGGAAUCAGAGGUAUAUCAAGAUGUCCUCACCGUAUCUCAACAACGUAAUAAUCGUGGGCUGCAUUCUGACCUACUCCUCCGUCAUCUUGUUGGGGCUUGAUUCGGGGCUGGCCAGCGAAACCAGCUUCCCGUACAUCUGCACCGCCAGGGCGUGGGUGCUGAUGGCAGGGUUUACUCUGGCCUUCGGUUCAAUGUUUUCAAAGACUUGGCGUGUGCAUUCCAUCUUUACCGAUGUCCAGCUCAAUAAGAAGGUGAUCAAGGACUCCCAGCUGUUCAUGGUGGUGCUGGUGCUGCUGUGUGUGGACGUGGCCAUCAUGACGACCUGGCAGGUGGUGGAUCCUUUCUACAGGGAGACCAAAAAGAUGGCGCCCUUUAUGCGAGGGGAUAUUGAAGUCACCCCUGAGAACGAAUACUGCAAAAGCAACAAGAUCUCUGUUUUCAUUGGAUGCAUCUACGCCUACAAGGGCUUGCUCAUGGUGUUCGGGUGCUUCCUGGCGUGGGAGACCCGGCAGGUGAACAUUCCGGCCCUAAAUGACUCGAAAUACAUAGGAAUGAGCGUGUACAAUGUGGUUAUAAUGUGUGUGAUCGGAGCUCCUAUCUCUUACAUACUGAGUGACGAACAAGACUCUUCAUAUUUAAUCAUCUCUAUCUUCAUCAUAUUCUGCACCACGGGAACUCUCACGCUGGUUUUUGUGCCCAAGAUCAUUGAAUUGCGACGGAACCCCCAAGGAAAUAUUAACCAGCGGCUCGUCAGACCUACGUUGAAGCCGCCCAAAAGUCAGGACAGUGACUCUGAGUUGUCUGAUCUUCACGAACAGAUCAAGAAAGCUGAAAGUGAUCGCCAGGUGUUUGCCAGACGCCUGCACGAGAGAGAACAGGAGCUGCAGAUCUUGAUUGACCAGCUGGGGGAGGAUGCCCUGGGAGAAGUGGAGACUCAUCCUUCCAGAACCAGCACCAGACGCCCCUCCAAGCCGCGCUCCAUAGACAGGCUCAGGAUAGAAGGUCCCUCUAUCACAGAAACCACAGAGGCCACAGAAUUGACCUCUCUGUGUUCCGGCGGCUCACAUGAACUGGAGUAUGUGACAGCACGGCACAAGAUACCUCCCCACCAACUACACCCUGCCCACCAGCCCCACUCCACCUCCACCACCACCAUCACCACCACCACCACCACUGCCCACCACCUCCUCCACCACCCACACCAGCCUCUCCCGCCCCCCCACUACCAGGCUUCCCUACCCGCACAUUACAUGCAUGGUCUCCCCCCCCCCCUGCUACUGUCUCCUACCCCCCACCCCCCUCACCUCCUCCACGUCAGCCUCCACUUCUGUUUCCACAUAUGCGUCUCUUGAUCGGGCACUUUUGCGCCAUGACCUCUGUGACGCCAGGAGGGGGUGACCUUCGCCUCCCCUGUUCAAACACCGAGGGAGGUCAGCAAGAGUGUGUCGUUCCGGUUGGAGGGCGGCGUGGGCGUGGGCGUGGGCGUGGGCGGGGGGACAAGAAACCAUCCCCCUUCACCCACUCGGCGGCGGCCUACCCCCCCAGCCCCCGGGCCCCUCCCCCACCCCGCCCCUUCAGAUGCCCCCCACCAGUGCCCAAGGGGGGUGAUGGCCUAUCAGGAGCAGACGGCGCCACAGGAGGCGCCCCCCGCCACCUACGGGGGCGUGUACGUGCAUGACUACGGGGGCGCCAUGAUGCAGAAGGAGCAGCGCCUCCUGCAGCAGCGCCGCAGCAGCAGGACCAGCCUGGGGGGGCGCCGCUACAGCAGGGAGGAGGCGGACCCCGGCCCCCCACAAGAGACCGCCCCCCAGCCCCCCAUCCUGGAGUACGCCGGGGGGGAGCCACUGGGGGGUAUGGGGGUGCCUCUGGGUGGGCGGGGCAGGGGGGUGCUGGAGCCCUACCGUCGGUCUAGCCUGCGCCGGGGAGUUGGAGGGGAGGAGGGGCGCGGGGGUCAGGGUGGCAUGCCGCCCCCCACCACGACCCAGUGACGCACUACAACAUAUCAGGCGAGGGGCCGCCCCCAUACCGCCCCCCGCCCAUGGACGCCCCGCGUAGAGGCAGCGAGCCCCCGCGGCCAGCAGGGCGCGGCGCCCCUCACCGCAACAGAUCCUGCGACGACCUGGCGUGUUCCUGCUGCGAGGCGCCUCUGCCCCCGCACCUGCUGGACCGCUGGGAGGGCGAGGAGGCGGGGCGCGGCGAGGACAGGGAGGGAACCCGCACCAUCUCCCGCGCUCACCUCCGCCGCGACAGCUUCGGAGAGGUGGUGGCGCGGCGCUCCCCCUCCCAGGACUCCCUCGACCACGCCCCCUGCCCCCCACGCCCCCCACGCCCGCUCCCCACCGCUGCUCCUGGACGACCCCACCCCUCUCACCACUCCCACGCCCCCACCGCACGUGUCCGGGGGGCGCCGCUCCCCCAGCCAGGACUCCUACGGCUAUGGGGCGCCGCCCAGACGCACCGACAGCCAGGACAGUCUGGACCAGCAGGUGUGCGGGCGUGGACGGGCAGCGAGUCAGGAGAGCCUUGGCACAAUGAGCAGCAGGGGGUCCGUGUGUGGCAGCCUGUACAGCGUGGCGUCGGCGAGAAGUGACGCGGCUGUUUCCAGGUGUUCCAGCAAAGAGACGGUGAGGAACCAUGCGCCUCUCACUCAGCAGACUCUCCCACACCCACGCGGCCAUUCCCACUCAAACUACAUGAACGAACCCCCAGGCCUACACAGAACCAUUAGCGAGCCAUAUAACUUCGAUGACGACGAUGAGAGGUCCCUGCACAACGCCUCACCCCCCACCGGAUAUACCAGGCCCCACCUGCGCCGCGCCCCGUCACGAACACACGCAGACUACCCCCCGUGAGAACUCCGUCUUACGAUAUAUACGACGCUAAUAUGUC